CUUUCGUUCCGUGCGGUUGACAUCGCAAUUUCGCCUGAGACGCGCAAUUCUCGUGUCUGAAAAACUAUCUAUAAUUUAAUUUGAAGGGCUAUGGAAACAACUGCGACUUACGUCCUACAGCACGAUUUGUGUUCUUUGUAGUUGUCAGUGGUCCAGCAAAUUAUUUCUGAUCUCGUUCCGGGAAGAAUCGCUGAGCGCACUAAUUGGUUUUGGAAAUUAAGAGGGAAUUCAACGCAGCCAAUUAGGCCAGUCGCAUAUGCAGUCGUGGAGAUGAGUCGGAGUCGUGUCGUCGUUCGCAGGCUCAUCUCAAUUCCCGGAUAGAAACGUGAUUGGAAUCAAGUGUUGCGAGUGGAAGGGAUCACAAUGUUGGAGGUGGACAAAAUCCUGGAGAAGUGCGGCGACUUCGGCCGUCUGCAGAUGAUAAUGCUGCUGCUCUUCUGUGUGAUCAACGUUCUUUCAGCUCUGCACUACUACUCCCAAACCAUCAUCAGCUUCGUUCCCAAAUACUGGUGUGCAGAUGGUUUGCCCGCCAGCAUUGAGUCGCCAGUUGAGUCGAGCUGCCUGCCGUUGAACCGAAAUAUUAGCACUCCGAAUACCUGCUACAGCUAUAACUAUGAGCUAUAUAUGGGCUACCAGAGCUUUCCCAGCGAAAUGGAUUGGGUGUGCGCCGAUGCCUGGAAACUUACUCUCGGCCAGUCCAUGUUCUUUGUGGGCUCUGUGGUGGGCUCUAUGGUUCUGGGCUACCUGGCGGAUGUGGUUGGACGUCUGCCCAUCCUGAUUGUGGCCAACCUGAUUGCUAUGACAGGCAAUCUACUGACCAUAUGGAGUACCAAUGUCACGCUUUUCUGUAUGUUUCGCAUGAUUUCCGGCAUUGCUACGGAUAGCAACUUUGUGAUGAUGUACAUUUUGGUAAUGGAGUACAUGCGGCCAUCGGUGCGCACCCUUGGCCUAAGCAUCUGCAUUGGAUUUUUCUACUGCCUAGGCUCGAUGGCGGCUCCCUGGAUUGCCGUGCUUAUGCGCAGCUGGCGGGGAUUCCUACUGACCACCUCCUUGCCCCUGCUGGUGGUGCCGCUUUUCUACCUCAUUGUGCCUGAAAGCAUUCAGUGGCUGAUUUCCAAGCAGAAAUACGACAGCGCCGUUGUCUGCCUGAAACAGGUGGCCAGGAUAAAUGGACGGCACGUGGAGGAGAGUGCCUACGCGGAGUUCAUCGAGGAGUGCAAGUGCAGUCAGCAAAACCAGAAGGCGUCACCCCAUCUACUUGACCUGUUCCAAACGCCCCGGCUCCGUCGCCAUACCCUCAUCCUCUUCUUCAAGUCCAUGGUCAUCACCCUCUGCUACGAUGCGGUUUCUCGCAACGUUCAGGGCCUUGGCAUUUCGCCAUUUGUGAUGUUCUCGCUGAGCGCCACCGCCAUUCUGCCGGCGUGUCUGCUCAUCAUCGCCCUCCAAGAUCGCAUCGGUCGGAAGGCGAUGGCGUCCGCCUCUCUGCUGCUCAGUGGCAUUUUCAUCUCGGUCACCGGAGGCAUCAUCUUCGCCGCCUCUGCAUCGGAUAAGACCACCACUUUGCUGGUAAGUCUGUCCGUAGUUGGUCGCUUUGGAGUGACGGUGGCCUACAAUUCAGGAGCACAGUAUGCCACCGAGCUAAUCCCCACCUGCGUUCGGGGACAAGGAGUUGCAGCAGUCCACGUGGCCGGCUAUGCCUUCACCUUCUUCAGUGCGUACAUCCUUUUCACGAGGAGCGUGUUUUCGCCGCUGCCCGAGAUUAUCUUGGGCGUACUAUCCUUGCUGGGUGCGUGUCUCUGCCUCCUGCUACCAGAAACCCUUCACCGGACAUUGCCCACUUCUCUAGAAGAUGGCGAGAAUUUCGGAAAGAACGAUCGCUGGUACACCUUCAGUUUUCUGGAAGGACGCACUCAAUCAGCCGCCACACUGGACACCCAAAACGCGAAGAUGUACUCGCAAUCAACGGAAUCGGCAGUCUACUUUUGA